AAAUGCGAUAUGGCUGUCAUCAAGCGACAGAUAUGCAUUCAAGAUGCGAAGGACUUAUAUGACUUUGCCCAGAAAGAAUUUCAAAGCCCUGCUCCUUCUCGCUACCAAUCUGACAACGUUAAACUCAAGCGAAGAGUUUAUUUCUAUGUGGAUUCUGUCGACAGAGAUCGCCCUUAUCGUCUAUUCAAAGAGGUUGAAGGCAACYGGAAAAUACAUAGCAUCAUCAGCCAAAGAGAUUCAGGAAACCUCAAAACUAGAAGUAUUUCGUGUUACUGCAAUUCCUGCUUAAGGCAACAGUACAGCAGUUGUGAGAACAAAGACUAUCUUACUGUUGACGGACCAUUUGUUUUAGACAGUCCUUUAAAAGACGACUAUGAGUCUGAAUAUCCAUCUGGAGCGAAAGUCAUUAAAGGACACUUCUUCGAGAAGACCAGAUCACAUCGUAACUCACGUCAAGCAUAUCGAGUAAUUGAAGAUAGAGUAGCAGUCGUGUAUGCAGCCACCGUACGAUACAUUUGUCAAGACCUGAGAAGCGUAAGCGGUGACUAUAUUGUAGAUCAAGCRCAACAUGAAGAAAYUCUUGGUUCUUUGGACGGCUUUUAGACCGUAUUUGACUGGAGUGACAUUAACGCUUAAUAAUUUUAUCACCUUUUUUCUCACAUAACUUCAUUGAAAAUAAAUAGAAAGCUUGUCUUGUCAAAGUUUGAAAUU